AGUCGGGAAGGUGGCGGCGGCGGCGGUUGUCCCGGGCCGGCCGGUCGGUGCGGCCCGUGAGCGCGCGCUCCGCCGCGUCCGCGCCGCGUCCAGCGCCGUCGAGGCGAGCCGCGGCGGGCGGGCGCAGGGCGGCGGCCAGGGCGGCCCGUGGGGGGAGCGCGGGCCCCCAGGCGCAGCGCCGCCCGCUUCCCGGCCCUCGCCGGCCUCCCUCCCUCGGGCGCCGCGGCCAUGGCGGCCAGCGCCAAGCGGAAGCAGGAGGAGAAGCACCUCAAGAUGCUGCGGGACAUGACGGGCCUCCCGCACAACCGCAAGUGCUUCGACUGCGACCAGCGGGGCCCCACCUACGUGAACAUGACGGUCGGCUCCUUCGUGUGCACGUCCUGCUCGGGCAGCCUGCGAGGGUUAAAUCCACCGCAUAGGGUGAAAUCUAUCUCCAUGACAACAUUUACACAACAGGAAAUUGAAUUUCUACAAAAACAUGGAAAUGAAGUCUGUAAACAGAUUUGGCUAGGAUUAUUUGAUGAUAGAUCUUCAGCAAUUCCAGACUUCAGGGAUCCACAAAAAGUGAAAGAGUUUCUACAAGAAAAAUAUGAAAAGAAAAGAUGGUAUGUCCCGCCAGAACAAGCCAAAGUGGUGGCAUCUGUUCAUGCGUCUAUUUCCGGCUCCUCUGCUAGCAGCACCAGCAGCACACCGGAGGUCAAACCGCUGAAGUCGCUCCUCGGAGACUCUGCACCAGCACUGCACUUAAAUAAAGGCACACCUAGUCAGUCUCCAGUUGUAGGUCGCUCUCAAGGACAGCAACAAGAAAAGAAGCAGUUUGACCUUUUGAGUGACCUUGGAUCAGACAUCUUUGCUGCCCCAGCCCCUCAGUCAGCAGCUACCGCCAAUUUUGCUAACUUUGCACAUUUCAAUAGUCAUGCAGCUCAGAAUUCUGCAAAUGCAGAUUUUGCAAACUUUGAUGCAUUUGGACAGUCUAGUGGUUCGAGUAAUUUUGGAGGUUUCCCCACAGCAAGUCAUUCUGCUUUUCAGCCCCAAACUACAGCAUUUAGAAUGCUUUCAUCUAGCUGCAGCUUUGGUGAAUUCACUUCCGCUUUUCCUCUCCAGGCUACCCACAGUGGAAGUGCUGGAUCAGUAAAUGCUAAUUUUGCUCAUUUUGAUAACUUCCCCAAAUCCUCCAGUGCUGAUUUUGGAGCCUUCAACACCUCGCAGAGUCAUCAGACAGCUUCAGCUGUUAGUAAAGUUUCAGCACACAAAGCUAGUUUGCCGACAGCAGACAAAUACGCGGCCCUUGCUAAUUUAGACAACAUCUUCAGUGCUGGGCAAGGUGGUGACCAGGGGAGUGGCUUUGGGAGCACAAGUCAGGCUCCGGUUGGGGCUGUGGUCUCAGUGCCCAGUCAGCCUAGUGCGUCUUCAGACAAGUAUGCAGCCCUGGCGGAGCUCGACAGUGUUUUCAGCUCUGCGGCCACGUCCAGUAAUGCAUACACUUCCACAAGUAAUGCUAGCAGCAAUGUGUUUGGAACAGUGCCAGUGGGUGCUCCUGCACAGACACAGCCAGCUUCUUCCAGCGUGCCUGCUCCAUUUGGAGCUACGCCUUCCACAAAUCCAUUUGUUGCUGCUGCUGGUCCCUCUGUGGCAUCUUCUACAAAUCCAUUUCAGACCAAUGCCAGAGGAGCAACAGCCGCAACCUUUGGCACUGCGUCGAUGAGCAUGCCGGCAGGCUUUGGCACACCUGCUCCCUACAGUCUCCCCACCAGCUUUAGUGGCAGUUUCCAGCAGCCUGCCUUCCCAGCCCAAGCAACUUUCCCUCAGCAGACAGCUUUUUCCCAGCAGCCCAAUGGUUUUGCAGCCUUUGGACAGACAAAGCCAGUGGUAACUCCUUUUGGUCAAGUUGCAGCUGCUGCAGUAUCUAGUAAUCCAUUUAUGACUGGUGCGCCAACAGGACAAUUUCCGACAGGAAGCUCAUCAACCAAUCCUUUCUUAUAGCCUUAUAUAGACACUUUACUGGAACGGACUUCUGUGUGGUCACAUUACAUCUCUCCGCCUCUUGCACUGUUGUCUUGUUUCACUGAUAUUAGCUUUAAACACAAGAGAAGUCUCUAAAAGCCUGCAUUGUGUAUUAAACACCAGGUAAUACGUGCAAAACAGAGGGCUCCGCUAACAACUCUUAACCUGUGAAUUGGCAGAAAAAGGUCGCGGUAUCAUGUAUAUUAAAAAUUGGCGAAUGUUAAGUUAUUGCAGAUACCACAUUCAUUAUGCUGCAGUACUGUACAUAUUUUUCUUAGAAAUUAGCUAUUUGUGCAUAUCAGUAUUUGUAACUUUAACACAUUAUGUGAGAAACGUUACUGGGGAAAUAGAUCAGCCACUUUUAAGGUGCUGUCAUAUAUCUUGGAAUGAAUGACCUAAAAUCAUUUUAACCAUUGCUACUGGAAAGUUACAAAGUCAAAAAUUGAAAGGUUUUAUUCAUUCUCGAAUUUUUCCUUUCUAAAGAGCUCUUCUAUUUAUACAUGCCUAAAUUCUUUAAAAAUGUAGAGGGAUUCCUGUCUGCAUAUUAAAGCUCAUCAUGUUUUGCUACAGUUUGCAGGUGAAAAAAAUAAAUAAUAGAAAAGAUGGUAUUGUUUCUGUGUUCUUGCUGCAAUGCCUUUACCAAAGUGGCCUUAAAUAAGAGGAGUGAAUUGAGAACAUCUUGAAUUCUUAAGUACUGAUAAUGACUAACUUUUUAUAAAGAGGCCAUGUAGAAAAUUUAUUAAACGACUAUGACUGCUAUAUUCAGGAAUGUGUUAGUGGUAAAGCAUUUAAAUGUAACCUGUCAGAUUCACCACAGUCCUUCUAAUUUCUUUGCAACUUGUUAAUUUUUUUGACAUUUGUAUAUAUAAAGAAUUUGCAUGUAUGUGUAAUUACAAAAUUUUUAAGUAUCUUGAAUUCUCAGACUGCAAAAAGGCCUAUUUUAACUAUUGAUUUUUUAAAAAUGUCUUUGAAUGUAUUGGAAACAGACAUGCAUUAACUGUGACAUGAUUGCACCUCAGUUUUUUGUUUUUUUUGGUUUUUUCUUCCUCUUUUCUGGACAAACUGAUGCUCUGUAGAAUAUCUGUGUUUGUUUUGCGGGGCGGAAUGCAGCUGGAACCCAGGGUUAUCUGAAAGCUAUGGAAUAUCUUUCCAAUGCAAUGAAACUAAGUGUGUAGUUGUAUCAUUUUGUUAAUAUUCAAGUGAACUUGUUUAAAUAUUUAUAUACAGUAAUGCUUCCUUCAUCCAGGGAUAAUCUGGCUGUGUCAUCAAAAUGAAUACAACUAAGAAAUUUGGAAUGGUGUUUUUUAAAAUGCCUCUGUGUAAUCCAUGUAAAUCAAAGUUUCUGUGUUAGAGCUUAUGCCUUUGUUUUAUAUGAGACUUUAAUAAUUUCUAUUUCUCAGCCCUAGCGUCUGCAUAGUUCAGAAGUGAUGGCUUGAAAUGACAGAAACUGAGAAAACUGAAAAACAUACAGUGACCAAGACUGGUGUUAGUGUAGGCCCAGCCUGUGCAGCCUAUAGGACGUCACUGUAUUAUGUUAUCAGAGAAUUGUCAUAAUGACUGUCAUCAGAACCUGGGGCAACUGCAUACACACAUGUGUACUACAUGUUUGAAAAGUUUAUCUGAAAAUGAUUAAAAGUUUUUACAAAGCUUUGGUAUUAAA